AUGCGCAUCACUUUGGAGGACUGGACAGAUUGUGUAGCAAUUGGGGGGUAUAGGAUUGCAAACUUGCGAUACGCGGAUGAUACCACUUUGUUUGCAACUAAUGCGCAAUGCUUGGGGGAGUUACUGUCGAGGAUAGAACGUGUGAGCCUUGAGUUUGGAUUAAGGAUUAACCGCAUUAAGACCAAGGAGAUGGUUGUCGAUCGCGCUAUGAAUAACUCGCCGGACGUGACUCAAAUUGCGGGUUGCGACGUGGUCCAGUCCUACAUAUACCUUGGGGCGUUAAUCUCAAAUAAUGGCGGAUGCAUGGACGAAAUCAGAAGGCGCAAUGGCUGUCACGAGGUCGGCGAUGGACGGGCUGAGGAAAAUAUGGAGAAAUAG